AUGGCUUUCCUUCCUCCUUGGACCUGUGUACUAGUUGGUUGCUUUUCUGCUUCUUUAGCCAGAGCAUCUAAUUUCUCAGAUCUGUAUCCCCCGCUGUGGAAGAAGAGUGCUGGUCAGUUCAGUGACUACAGGGUAGAGAAUGGAAAGUACAUUAUUGAUCCCUGGGUAUACCCUGAGAGAAUGGGGAUGUACAAAAUCCUAGUGAACAAGACAGCGAGUUAUUUUGAAAACAUUGGAGCAGACAAUGAACAAAAUAUUUUAUGGGGGUUACCUCUCCAGAAUGGCUGGCAAUACAGAACAGGAAGAUUAGCUGAUCCCAGACAAAAGGAAGGCUGUGGCUAUGAAUCUGGAGAUCCUCUGUGUAUCUCUGUGGACAGUUGGUGGGCUGAUAUGAAUUACUUUCUAUGUGCAUUACCUUUCCUUGCUGCGGUUGAUUCUGGCAUAAUGGGGAUAUCAUCAGACCAAGUCAUGCUUUUGCCACCACCCAAGGAUCAGACACAGUUUUGUCUUAAUGUUUCUAGUUGUCAGUCAUCCUUUCCUGAGCCAAUGAGCAAGUGGAAUACCUUUUACCAGCAUUUACAGUAUCCUUCUAGUAGCUUUGAAGACCUGUUGAAGUACUUGUGGGCUGCACAUGUCUCAACCUUGAAAUAUGCUGGCAAAAUAUUUGAAGAUAGGUUGGAGUAUUAUUCUAAACCAGAAGCAAAUUUUGGAAGAAGUUGGUGUGUGGCUGUGGACUUUUUAGCUGCAUCCCUCUUUCCUACAACUUUGGUUAGAACAUAUGAAUUCCAGAAGGGCCUGCCACCACGAAUGCUUGUUAACGGCGAUAGAGCCCCCUUCAUCAGCGACUUUACUGACUUUCAAAACACCGUCCUGCUUGUUCUAAGUUUUCUUCCCAAAGUGGAUAACUCUCCAGGUUCAUUUUUAUUGACUGUAUGGACAAUUUUAAUGAAGAAUCAUGAUGUAAGGAAGGAAGUUCUAGAGCUUUUUCAAAUAAUUCUUGAAAUCUUUAAUCCAACAUUUCAGAGUGUUCCCAAUGUUUAAUUAAUGAACUAAAGAUGAACGGUUCUAAUUUGUUGAGCAACAGUAAUUUCAAAAUUUUAAUGUGAUCAUAACCAUAUAGUUUUCUUGUUGAUAUUUUUGAUUUAUGCUCACUUGUUCGGAUUCCAUCCAUGCAUUCUAACAUUAAAUUCAAAUUAAUGCUAUGAUUAUUUU